AUGUUUUCCUCGAGAAAAUAUACCCCUCUCCCCACCAGUUCCGGACCACAGCGUCGAUCCGGAAUGCCCGUCUGGAAACGAUGGGCAUUCAUCGGUACGGGCGUCUUGGUCCUCAUGGUCGUGGGCUAUGCAAGAUUCCCUUCGACUCGCUCGACAUAUGAUGAGACUUGGGAAACCGACAACGCUUACACGCCCCAGCUCGGCGGUGAGAAACUCGAGAACGAUAUGACCGACUAUUCUGAAUUCAAAUCCCCUCCCUUCCGACCCAUCGGUGCUGGUAGUAUCGCCGAGCCCGGCGUCGCAGACACAGAUGAAGGUCGAGUUCACGCUCUCCCAUUCAACCAUCUUCGACCCAAGCCGGGCUUCAACGACGACGCUUCAGGCACCGAGGCCGACGAAGAUGAGGAAGAAGCCGCUAACAGUCCUCACAACCCUCUAUCUGACCAAGCACAAGAGGCUCAAGGCGCUCAGAACGACUUUACAGAAAUUGAUAACACUCCCGAAGUUGUCGUCAUGACGUUUGAAACGGAUCCCGAUCCUGCUUCCACCACUGCCUGUGCGGACCCAUACGACUCCAAGCGACCUUUGGUUCAAUACGCCCUCACCAUCGAUGCUGGAUCUACUGGAUCUAGAAUUCACGUAUACAAAUUCCACAACUGUGGUCCAUCCCCUACUUUGGAGUACGAGACUUUCAAGAUGCUUAACCCCGGUCUGUCCGCCUACGCGCGGGACCCCACAGCUGCUGCGGCGUCUCUUGAUCCGCUGUUGAGAGAAGCCAAACGAGUCGUUCCCAAGUCCCUGUGGUCAUGCACACCUGUUGAAGUCAAGGCGACAGCUGGAUUGAGAUUGUUGGGCACCGAUGAAAGUAAUGCGAUCCUAGACGAGGUCAGGAACAGACUUGAGACAUACUGGCCGUUCAGCGUACCGAACCAGAACGCUGUCGAGAUCAUGGAUGGAAAGGACGAGGGUGUGUACGCUUGGAUCACCGCCAACUACCUCCUUGGCAAGAUUGGCGAGGGAGCCAAGUCGACCGAUACGUUGGCAGUCAUGGAUCUCGGCGGAGCAUCCACUCAAAUCGUCUUUGAACCCAAGUUCCCUGCCGAUUCCACCCAGGAGCUCGUGGACGGUGAACACAAGUACCAGCUUUCAUUCGGUGGUAAAGACUUUACCCUCUACCAACACUCGUACCUCGGAUAUGGACUCAUGAGAGCCCGUCGAAGCGUUCACAACCUUGUUGCAUUCACAUGGUCAUUUGGACACUCGAAUCUCGACUGGGACACUCUGAGCGAGAACGAACAGGUACCAAACCCUUGCUUGUCGCGGGGAACCACCCGACGAGUCGAGCUGGACCCCCCCGGCAGGACCGCUGUGAACGUCACUAUGCACGGUAGCAAUGGUGGUUUCGACGCUUGCAACAGGGUUGUCGAGCUUGUCAUGGCAAAAGACGACGUCUGUGAGGUCAAACCCUGCUCCUUUGCCGGCCAGUACCAACCAUCUCUCCUCGACACUUUCCCUCACGGGCAACUCCUAGCCCUGUCCUACUUUACAGACCGAAUCAAGCCUCUCUUGUCGGGUCGUACCGCCGACCUCAAGAUCGCCGACUUGACCGAAAUGGCCAAGGACGUCUGUGAUGGACCUGAGGCUUGGAGGUUGCGCUGGGGCUCCGACGCCGCAGCCAUGGCCGAACUUGAGGAUCGACCUGAAUACUGUCUCGACUUGACAUUCAUGAAUGCGCUCCUGGGCUUGGGAUACGAGCUUGGACCAGAGCGAGAUUUGCUGGUGGAGAAAAAAUUGAAUGGUGUCGAACUUGGCUGGGCUUUGGGUGCAGGAUUGGCUCUGGUUGAAAAGGCCACGUUGACUUGCACCGCCUCGGCCAACGCGUCAAUGUGA